AUUCUUAAAAGCAAAUAUCGAAGCCGAGGGGAGGAGAAAAGAUAGCACCCCUUCCCGUACUCUCGUCUCCCUCUCUCAAUGGCUUCUUUGUAUAUCAAAACUCUCUCACUCAACCCUCAACUAGAGCUUACCAAAAUUCCAAAACGCAAUGUUUACAGCAAACUCAAACCAUCAUCAAUUGACUCAACCCACAUACAAAAACCACUCUACCUCAAACUCAAACCAUUUCCUAAGCUUCACAUUUCCCCAAAAUCUUCUCAUCCCUUCACGUCCCUCUCUCAACUUCACAUUCUUCACAAACCCACUUCGAUUUUUUCCCAUAUAAGCUGUUCCGCCUCAAUCCAAGAGAAAAUUUCCAAAUUAUUUACUGAAAAGAUUGUGGUCUUACUAGUUGGGUCAUUCAUCCUAAUGGGUUCUCUCGGUGCUCGACCAGUUAUGGCAGUACCUGCUCAGAAAAGCAGUUAUAGUGAAAGAAUGGAACAAAAAAGUGAGACCCUGAAUGAUAAAAACGAGGAAGAGAUGUAUGAAAAGCUUUUGGAGGAUAAGCCAAGAAAUCUUGAAGCAUUGAAGGUGGUUUUGUAUGGGAAGAUGUCGAGAGGGAAGCCAGAGGAGGCUGUGCACUACGUGGAGAGGUUGAUUGAUGUCGAACCGAACAAUGUCGAAUGGCGGCUUCUGAGGGCACUUUGUUAUGAGAUGAUGGGGCAAUUGAGCAAGGCUAAAAGAUUCUUCAAGGAAAUACUUAAAGAGAGGCCUCUCUUGCUUAGAGCUUUGCAUGGUCUGGCAAUGGUGAUGCACAAAAACCAUGAAGGUCCAGCUGUUUUUGAGAUGCUGAACAAGGCUCUGGAUGUUGCUCGUCAAGAAAAAAGAGUUACUGAGGAGAGAAGCAUUAAAAUUUUAAUUGCGCAAAUGCAUGUCAUGAAGGGGGAGUUGGAGGAGGGCUUGGAAAAUUUUAAAGAUCUGGUUAAUGAGAACCCAAGGGAUUUCCGGCCUUACCUUUGCCAGGGAAUAAUAUACAGUCUACUGGACAAGAAAAAGGAAGCCGAAGAACAGUUUGAGAUAUACCGAAGCCUUGUACCUGAAGAAUUUCCAGAGAGAGGAUUCCUCGACGAUGUUGUAUUGGCAGCAAAAAGAGAGUCGAGAGAGAAGCUUGAGAAGGACUUUAAAGCUGAAUUCUCAUACAAGAAGUAGAUCUUCUGCACUUCCUGUUCUUUCACACUAACCGUUGACUUUAAUCAUGCAUUUCCCUCCUCUUAGGAUACUUUGUACAGGAGGAUUUGUGUGUGUGUGUGUGUGUCAAUUGUAAGAGAAUUCAGGUGCACCUGCUUGUGCAAUUCAUGUGUAAGGAAUGUGUACGUUCUGGUUGCAUGGAAUUGAUUUUCGGGGAUAGAAAAUUUUGAUAAUAGUGCACACCUUUUGAAUUCCAUAGUUGGAUAUGGUAAUGGUGUUCAGAUGGAAUUGAUUAUGGAUGAUAAUUUUCCAGCUGAAUGCAUGUAUCUAUAAAUGAAGACACAGAUUUGGAGGAUUUGAAUUGAUACCUAUAACAUGGUAUUUCUUUGGAGUCUAACAAAUUGAUAAUGCAAUUGAUAACCAGAUGGUUGUAGGUUUAUAUACGUAUUGGCGGGUACUUAUUUUGUUAAUGGCUUCCCAUGGCAAGUUCACGCAUGGGUACUGAUAUGUGACAGUUGAUUGAACAUUUUACCUUGACACUGAUCAGAGUUCAAUUGCAAACUAAAUAAUUAAUAAACUUAUUAAAAAAAAAGCAUAGCAGAUUCAAAUGGAACUAUUUAUCUCGUUCAAGAAAGCAUGGCUAAGUAAAAGAAAAUAAAAAAAAAAAAAAAAGAAAAAAAAAA